GGCAGCCGUCUGAACUGUCGGACAUCAACCAGCUAGUAAACAAACUCGCUUGUUUGCAAACUAGAAGUUUUUCCAUCCAUGUCGCAGCCAUGGGAUUAUAUUGCUAAGCUUGUUUGUAUCGGUGACUCUGGAACUGGCAAAUCUAGCUUGACUAUUCGACUAUGUGAAGGUCGCUUUUCUUACGCUCAUGAUGUUACUAUCGGGGUGGAGUUCGGGUCGCGGAUUGUUCCAGUUGGACCUCCUGCCUCAAAGAGUUUGGGAAUAGAACUCGACAACUAUACACCCAAUCGUCCUACGUCUACUCUGGCUUUCUCGUAUUCUCCAACUUCAUACGGUUCAGAAGAAACAAUUGUCUCUGGACUCCCCAGCCCUCCGCGGAAGCAACAAGAAUCCACAUCCCAGAAGAGAAUGAAAUUGUCUCUUUGGGAUACAGCCGGGCAAGAAACGUACAAAUCCAUCACUCGAUCAUACUUUCGCGGUGCCUCUGGUGCUCUUCUUGUCUUCGACAUCACGCGGCCUUCUACAUUUACCUCGUGCACACAGUGGCUUCAAGACCUGCGGCAAAUAGCAGAGGAUGGUAUUGUCGUCAUCUUGGUCGGCAACAAGAGUGACUUGGCAAGGGACAUUUCUGGCCCGAACCAGAGAUGCGUCACGAGGCAAGAAGCAGAAGAAUGGUGUCGGAUGAACAAUGUUGUGCAUUAUGUUGAAACAAGUGCGAAGUCUGGUGACGGCGUUGAACGUGCAUUUCUUGAGGUUGCAGAGAGAAUAUAUCGUAAUAUCGAAGCAGGUAAUUAUGACCUGAGCGAUCGCCGAAGUGGCGUAAAAGUAUUUGGUGCCACAGGGGGAGCAAGCACUGGAGUUCCGCAAACAAUUACCUUAGGUUUAAAUGAUGCGAUGCGCAGAGGAGGCAAUGGCUGGACUGGGGGUUGUUGCUAACUCAAUGGCGAGAAAUGAUAGAUAGCCAGUCAUUUAUUUCGCGUCUCAAAUGGUAGCAUGACUGGAUUUUAGGCAUUGAUGAUCUUAAGGGAGUUCAUUGAUCGUGCUGGGGAACUUAUUUUCUAGUCACAAAUAGUGUUUGCAAUGUCAUGUAUAUAUAUCUACGGGAUAGAAAUCCAUUUUCUUGUAUCUUUUUGAGUUACUAUCCCAGCUUGAACAUGCGUGUACUUAUCCAAUGAUAGAUUCCCUAUCCGAUUCUCAUUCAUG